GCUUUUUGUUAUCAAAUGGAGUCUGCAAGCAGUGUGAAGUGGGCAAUUGUGAUUUUUUUAAUCCAGGUUCUAUGGUGUGGAAUUGGUGAGUCUCAGCCAUGUUCCCCUGGAUUUGGUUCUGAUCUUUUCCGGUUCAAAGUUCCCAGAGAACAAAUGGAAAGUGGCACAAGGAUCGGCACAAUUGUUUUCAAUGAAUGCAGUGGAAGAUCACAUAUUGACUUUAUGCCUACCGACACGAAGUAUCAAGUAGACUCGGAUGGCACAGUGACGCUGAAGAGACAGGUUAAUAUUCAUAAUGGCCAUAAGAUGUUCUCUGUCCAUGCUUGGGACUCCAAGGGAAACAAACACACUGCGUUGGUGAGAGUGGAACAUGAAGGUAGAGCCAAUCAACUUGAGGAUCAGCAGGAAGAUGUUGACGAGCUCAUGUCUGCACAGCUUCAGUCUCCCUCAACUCCGAUUCUGGAGUUUCCAAAAUCAAACGCGUUGCGGAGGAGAAAAAGAGAGUGGGUCAUUCCACCGAUCAGAAUCUUGGAGAAUGACCGAGGUCCUUUCCCUAGUAAGCUUGCGCGGAUUAAAUCCAGUCAUGGCAAAGAAACCAAGAUGGUGUACAGAAUCAUUGGUGUUGGUGCAAACCUGCCUCCAGUGGGACUGUUUACAAUAGACAGAAACAACGGUCAGAUGUUUGUGGGGAGGCCUCUUGACCGAGAAGAACAAGAUAAAUAUGUGCUGCAAGCCCAUGCUGAGUCACUUACUGAUGCUGUUGUAGAACCUGAAAUGGAGUUUAUAGUUGAAGUGCUGGACAAUAAUGAUAACCUUCCUGUCUUCACCCAAAAUAUAUUCUUUGGCAGUGUACCAGAAGCUUCAAAAAUAGGCUUUGAGUUCAUGACAGUCAGUGCCACUGAUGCAGAUGAUCCAAACACUGACAAUGCUGCUAUUAGGUACUCCAUCGUUGAGCAGAUUCCACCAGAACCCCAACCUAACAUGUUUGCGAUCAAUUCUGUCAGUGGAGCAAUCCGAAUGAAUGUUGAUGUACUGGACAGUAAAGAAUAUCAUGAAUACACUCUGACUAUUCAAGCAGCAGACAUGCAGGGAGAAGGUAGCCCUGUCACAGGAAAAGCUGUUAUUUCUGUUACACACCGCAAGGAUACGUGGCGGAUUCCUCUAAUCCGACUCUCUGAAAAUGAAGGAGGGCAUUUCCCUAAGGAGAUUGCAGAGUUCAAGUCCAGUCAUGCCAAAACAUCUAGAGUGAAGUAUGUCAUCAGUGGUGGCGGAGCAAACCUGUCUCCAGUGGGACUAUUUGUUAUGGACAAAAACACAGGAAAGCUUUAUGUGUUACGAUCACUAGAUAGAGAGACAAAGGAUGAGUAUGUGCUUCAAGCCCAUUUAAUGGGUGACAAUAUACAUGAUGAGAUUGUGGAGUUCACCAUCCAGGUAGUAGACCAAAAUGAUAAUAAACCAGUCUUCACCCAAGAUCCGUUUAUUGGCAGUGUUUCAGAUGCGUCAAAAAUAGGAUUUCCGUUUAUGACCAUCAGUGCCACAGAUGCAGAUGAUCCUAACACUGAAAACUCUGAUAUCAGGUACUCCAUCAUCAGUCAGGAUCCACCAGAGCCAAAACCAAACAUGUUUGCGAUCAACCCUAUUACUGGUGUGAUUCGUGUGAACGCUGAAGGACUGGACUUUUCGAAACAUUCUAAAUAUGUCUUGAAGAUUCAAGCAGCCGAUAUGCAGGGUAAUGGCUUGACAAGCACUGAAGAUGCUGUUAUUUUUGUGAUUAACAUCAAGGACGUAACCAAGCCUUCAUCUCCUGGGACAUGGGAGAUUUCUCCAAUCUGCUUCCCAGAGAAUGACAGAGGACCUUUCCCUAAACAGUUAGCCAAGAUUAAGUCCAACCAUGAUAAACAAAGUAAGGUUGUGUACAGCAUCACUGGAAAAGGAGCAGACCAGCCUCCAGUGGGACUUUUCACUGUGGAUAAAGACAGUGGUUUGCUGUCUGUAACAAGGACUUUAGACAGAGAGACCAAUCAUGAGUAUGUGCUUCAAGUCCAUAGAGGUGGUAUAAAUGAGCAGCCAACACAAAUCACCAUCUCCGUGAUUGACCAGAAUGAUAAUAAGCCUGUCUUCACCCAAGAUCCAUUUCGGGGCAGUGUACCAAAAGCAUCAAAACCAGGAUUUGAAUUCAUGACCAUCUCAGCGACUGAUGCAGAUGAUCCUAAGACUGAAAAUGCAAAUAUCAGAUACUCCAUCAUCAGUCAAGAUCCUGCACUGCCACAACUCGACAUGUUUGAGAUCAACCCCAUCAGUGGAGUGAUUCAAGUGAAAACUGAUGGACUGGACAGAGAGAAAUACCCUGAAUACACCUUGGAGAUUCAGGCAGCAGAUAUGCAGGGCAAUGGCCUCCAAAGCAGAGGAAAGGCUAAAACUAUUAUUACGGUCACAGACAGCAAUGACAAUGCACCUAAAUUUGUCAAGAACUUGUUCAAUGUUACUGUCCCAGAGGAUAAAGUGGGAGUUACGGUGGUAAAACUGCCAGUGAUUGACGAAGAUGAACCACAAUCAUCUGCCUGGGCAGCAAAGUUUAGGAUUGUUGGUGGUAACCCAAAUGGAUUUUUCAGCAUAAGCACAGGACCAAGCAAACAGAAGGGCAUCAUUACCACGAUCAAGGGGUUGGACUAUGAGAACAACAACAAAUUCACAUUGCUGGUAGUUGUGGAAAAUGAGGUUCCCUUUGCUAAAGCUUUGCCUACCUCCACUGCUACUGUUAUUGUAAAUGUUCUUGAUGUGAACGAGGCUCCAGUGUUCGAUCCCAAGGAGAUGAUUGUUUCCAAACCUGAAGAUCUAGCAAUUAACAGUGAAUUGACCGUGUACACUGCCACUGAUCCGGACACAUACCGGAACCAGAAAUUGACGUAUCGUUUAGGCAAUGAUCCUGCUGGCUGGCUGACUAUUAUCCCAGACACUGGACUAAUCAAAGUCAGGAGUCCUAUGGACAGAGAAUCAAAUUUUGUGAAAGAUGGCAAAUACAGAGCUCUAAUUCUAGCGAUAGAUGAUGAUGCCCUCCCAGCAACUGGAACUGGUACACUUAUUAUUGAGCUGGAGGAUGUGAAUGAUAAUGCUCCAACGAUUGAUAUGCGGCUGAUUCCUCCAAUCCGCGUCUCUGAAAAUGAAGGGGGAUUUAAGGAGCAUUUUCCUAAGGAGAUAGCAGAGUUCAAGUCCAGUCAUGCCAAAACAUCUAGAGUGAAGUAUGUCAUCAGUGGUGGCGGAGCAAACCUGCCUCCAGUGGGACUAUUUGUUAUGGACAAAAACACAGGAAAGCUUUAUGUGUUAAGAUCACUAGAUAGAGAGACAAAGGAUGAGUAUGUGCUUCAAGCCCAUUUAAUGGGUGACAAUAUACAUGAUGAGAUUGUGGAGUUCACCAUCCAGGUAGUAGACCAAAAUGAUAAUAAACCAGUCUUCACCCAAGAUCCGUUUAUUGGCAGUGUUUCAGAUGCGUCUAAAAUAGGAUUUCAGUUUAUGACCAUCAGUGCCACAGAUGCAGAUGAUCCUAACACUGAAAACUCUGAUAUCAGGUACUCCAUCAUCAGUCAGGAUCCACCAGAGCCAAAACCAAACAUGUUUGCGAUCAACCCUAUUACUGGUGUGAUUCGUGUGAACGCUGAAGGACUGGACUUUUCGAAACAUUCUAAAUAUGUCUUGAAGAUUCAAGCAGCCGAUAUGCAGGGUAAUGGCUUGACAAGCACCGGAGAUGCUGUUAUUUUUGUGAUUAACAGCAAGGACGUAACCAAGCCUUCAUCUCCUGGGACAUGGGAGAUUUCUCCAAUCUGCUUCCCAGAGAAUGACAGAGGACCUUUCCCUAAACAGUUAGCCAAGAUUAAGUCCAACCAUGAUAAACAAAGUAAGGUUGUGUACAGCAUCACUGGAAAAGGAGCAGACCAGCCUCCAGUGGGACUUUUCACUGUGGAUAAAGACAGUGGUUUGCUGUCUGUAACAAGGACUUUAGACAGAGAGACCAAUCAUGAGUAUGUGCUUCAAGUCCAUAGAGGUGGUAUAAAUGAGCAGCCAACACAAAUCACCAUCUCCGUGAUUGACCAGAAUGAUAAUAAGCCUGUCUUCACCCAAGAUCCAUUUCGGGGCAGUGUACCAAAAGCAUCAAAACCAGGAUUUGAAUUCAUGACCAUCUCAGCGACUGAUGCAGAUGAUCCUAAGACUGAAAAUGCAAAUAUCAGAUACUCCAUCAUCAGUCAAGAUCCUGCACUGCCACAACUCGACAUGUUUGAGAUCAACCCCAUCAGUGGAGUGAUUCAAGUGAAAACUGAUGGACUGGACAGAGAGAAAUACCCUGAAUACACCUUGGAGAUUCAGGCAGCAGAUAUGCAGGGCAAUGGCCUCCAAAGCAGAGGAAAGGCUGUUAUUACUGUAACAGUUUGAGAAACCUUGGAGAAAAUAGUUCCUCAGGCGAAGACAAGAUUUCAACAUUAUUGCUUGUGAUAAUCUUUGAUCCCUGUCUCAUGGAUCUGUGAGACCGCAAAAGGUCCAUUAAGCUAAAACCACAUUCUGAACAUAAGUGCUAUGCAGGUAGUUUAUUGCAUACAGUAUAUACAGUAUAUAGUGCAUUUUGCUCAUGUCUUAACAAAUAUCUGAAUAAGCUAUAAGGAGGACUACAAUAAAGUAUAUUAUAUGAUGAGAGAAUUUCAACAUAUGGUGCCUGUAGAAAAACCCACUUUGAACCAACUGAGUUUUAUCUAUCUCUUAUGAAUAGUUUGACACAAAAUUAUGCAAAUACAGUAAAGAAUAGUUGCUGCAAAAAUUCAUAAUAGCUUACUUAUUACUUCCGCUUCAUUAAACUACUCAGAAGAAAAAUAAAGAUCAAUGUAUGAAACAAAA